AUGACGUCCAAGUCAUCGGUGCUGCACCAGACGUUCAAGUCGACAGCCUCGACUCGUGCGCCGUCUUCUUACGCCUCCGGCUCGUCUUCCUCCUCGUCCGCGCCGUCCUUCUUCCCCCUCGCCUCAUCGCACUCGGCACGCGUCGUGCACCCACCCACAUCGUAUUGGUACACCUCUCGACCAUCCCUGAACGCGACCUUGGCCUCGCUCGAACGCACGCUCAAUCAAUCGCGGACGCACCUCUUCAAAUGCGGUCUCUUGCGCUCCAUCGCGACCCCUCUCUCCAGUUCCGAGUUCGCAUCCUCGUUACCCCAUCCUCGUGAAAGGAGGUGGAAGGAUGCCAAGGAGAUGGGCGUUUAUCUGCGCAACGGAACCGACUUGCGCACGAGCGAAUACCGUCGCUUGACUGGUGUGCUCGCCCAUCUUGAGGGCCUCCUGCCUUACGCCAAACUCGCCGAUGAACUGCCACCCCCUUCGACGACUUCACCUCAAGGUAUCAAUCGAUCGGUCCUACCACCUAGCCUGGUCGUCGAUCCCGUCGCGGCGAACCAGGCGCUCGCGUCUCGCAGCCAGCAGAAAGACGCACCCGCCGAGUCCGCCGAGCCCGAAUCCGAGCACCAAGACGUCGAUUCUUACCGAGGCAGUGCCACGACCCUGAGUGAACAACUCGACGUCCUCUUGUCGCGCUUCGUAGCCCCCGCCGUACUUUCAGCCACGGGCGCGACGCUCGAGCGAGUUUCCGGAGCGGCUCGCCGUUUAGGUCGAAUGGACCACCACGGUCGAGUCAAUGCCGUGGGUCGACGCAAGGAAUCCACCGCAAGAGUUUGGAUCAUCCCCGCGAGCAGUGCAGCGACCGAGUCGACGGAACAAGACCCAACUCCUGGACGAAUUCUCGUCAAUGCGACGUCUUUACCCGAAUACUUUUCCGUCGCUUCGCAUCGAUCGGCCGUCGUGCGACCUUUGACGCUCACGUCCAGUUUGGGCGUCUUCAACGUGUUUGCUAUUGCUGAAGGUGGCGGUAUCGCGGCGCAGGCUGAGGCGGUGGCGAUGGCCAUGGCGAGGGCGUUGGCCGAAUGGGAGAGGUGCAAGAUUGAGCAGGGCGAGUUGCAGGAGGGUGAAGUCACCUGGAGGGAGAUUUUGAAAAAAGGUCAGUCUCACUCUGCUUUUUCACCCUGAAUAAUAUCGUCACCAGGUGUUGACUCCGUCAAACUUGCGUUUUUGCAGCCAACUUGAUCGACCGAGAUCCUCGAAUGGUCGAAAGGAAAAAGACGGGUCAGGCCAAGGCCAGGAAAAAGUUCGCCUGGGUCAAACGAUAG